AUGAAGCUCAGCAGCCACGGCGCCGUCCCCGUCUACACCAUCGCCGGCGCAUCCACCGCAAGACCCUUACCAGAGUGGCUCGCGCGAAAACGAAAGCGCAGUCUCAAAAAGGAUGCGGAAUAUGCCAAUCGCGUGGAGCUGCUGCAGGACUUCGAGUUCGACGAGGCCAGCCAGUGCGUGCGAGUGAGCGAGGAUGGCCAGUGGGUCAUGAGCACAGGCACCUACAAGCCGCAGAUUCACACCCACUACCUGCCACACCUCUCGCUCUCCUUCGCCAGACACACCGAUACUGUCAACGAAACUUUCAUACUACUGUCGCACGAUUAUACCAAGUCUUUACAUCUCCAGACCGACCGCUCACUACAGUUUCACACUCCCGCCGGCCUCCACUAUUCCACACGAAUACCACGCUACGGGAGGGAUCUGAAAUACACUCGGCGCAAUGCAGAGGCCUUGGUUCCUGCCGUUGGUGUCAACGCGAAUGGCAAUGGAGAGGUCUUCCGCCUUAACCUGGAGCUCGGUCGCUUCAUGAGAGGCUAUGAGGUCGAUGUGGGUGGCGACGACCUGAAUUCGUUCGGUGGUGGAGCUCUUCAGGGAGCUAUCGACGUUGGUUCUGUCAAUUGUGCUGCUGUAGCCGACGAGAGUCAUGGCCUCUUGGCCUUCGGUACGUCGCUUGGUACAGUCGAAUUUUGGGACCCGAGAUCACGAAAUCGUGUGAGCACUUUGCGCGCGCCACAAUCCCUGGCCGACAUGGACUCCGAUUCUACGCCUGACAUCACAGCACUCACCUACCAUACCAACGGCCUCAAUUUCGCGACUGGAAACGGCAAUGGUAUCAUUCGGACCUACGAUCUGCGGUCGCCCGCCCCAUUGUUGGAGAAGAACCAAGGCUACGACUAUCCCGUCCGCAGCUUACAAUACCUCGACUCGCCCUUGUCAUCAGGAAAGAUCCUCAGUGCAGAUCGAAAAGGCAUCAAGCUAUGGGACAGCAUAUCUGGCGAUUAUUGGGCUGGUAUAGAACCUGCUGUUGACCUCAAUCAUGUGGAGUUUGUCCCCGAAAGUGGCAUGAUACUGACGGCCAACGAAGGCCGCCAACAGCACGCUUUCUUUAUCCCUCAGCUUGGUCCCGCUCCAAAAUGGUGUGCAUUCCUGGACAACCUGGUUGAAGAAAUGGCCGAGGAUGCAGAUGAUCCAAAUGCAUUCAAGGCUACAGGAGCUAGUACAGGAGAAGUGUAUGACAACUACAAAUUCCUGGACAUGAAGCAGCUUCGUGAGCUUAGUCUGGACCAUUUGAUCGGAACGACGACACUUCUUCGUCCGUACAUGCACGGCUAUUUUGUGGCGCAGAAGCUGUACGAGCAGGCUCGAUUGUUGACCAAUCCCGACCUGGCUGAGCAACAGCGGCAAAAGAGCAUACAAGAGAAGAUCGACAAGGAGCGAGAAAGCAGGAUACGUGGGUCGAAGAAGGUAUCAGUCAAAGUCAAUCGCAAAUUUGCAGAGAAAUUGGCAGCACAAGAAGAAGCGAACGAAAGACGCAAAGCCCAACGCGUCCUACGACAAGGGGCUCAUGUGCCUCAGAAAGCCUCAGAUGCCGACGUCGAAGCAUCCAAGCCACUUGUUGAUGAUCGUUUCAAGAAGCUAUUCGAAGAGGAGGACUUUGAGAUCGAUGAAAAUAGUAGAGAGUUUGCGAUGCACAAUCCUUCCACUGUACCAGCAGCGAAAGGUGGUAUACCACAUGGCCUCACAGCGGCCGAGGAAGAGGACGAACAGUCUCUUCGUGGUAGCGACGAUGAAGGCGAGGACGAGGACGAGGAUUCUGGGGAAGAGAGCAGGGCAGAUGCUCGCCAACGACAGCGACAAGGACGGCCCGAUGAGCUCGCAGGUUCUAAAGGUCGAAUUGGAUCCACUUCUUACAAAAAGUCUGGUAAAAAGUCACAGCAAGGCCCACAGAUGCGCGUUUCGUCAUCAACACAAAAGAUACGAAGACCACAAAAAGACAGAUCUUUUGGUGAUUUGGCUUCGAGUCUCUCGAGUGGCGGGCGAAGGAAUCACGGUGCUGGCACGGCAGAUGACAAGCCAUUUGGUGAGAAAGAGGUCACAUUCGCACCGAGCAAACCGCAGAAGAGGAGAUCGCAGCCCUUUGGCGCGGACAAUGGCAGAGACGUUGGAAGAGGGAAGGAAAGACGAAGCGCCAGUGGCAACACCUUUAGAAGGAUGUAAAGGUGUAUUGUACCCAAUGCAAGAUCAAGCCCAGCAGAUUCCUCUCGAUGUCAGUACAUUCAGGUUGAUCACUCUUCUCGGUUACUUGCCAUUCCGCAUCAACAUCCGUCUCACAUCAGAGUGCAUAUCAACCACGAUCUUCAGGACACGUGAUGGCACUCUUUGCCGCGAUAGCAGUCUUGACCGGCCCGGCUGGCAAAUAGUCCAUUGAUUUAAAGGUCAUGGCCACAGAAGCAAAAAUGUCAAUGUCUCCGGGCCAUAACACGUUCAUCGGAAAAUGUCAGGUUGUGUCUC